CUCAUUUUGCACAACGAUAAAUCUGUCAUUUUUGUCCGCUUGAGAGUGCGAUAUUUGUGGGUAUUUGAAUUCGAAGGAGAACAUGGAUUCAAAGCGUGACCCGCAUAAUUUUUUUUGCGAGAUAUGCAAUAGAGAGUACCCUAGAAAUGAAGAAGUUAAUCACCGGCAGAAACAUGAAGUGGAAAGGGCUAGACGCGAGUAUCUUAGGGCCAACCAAUUGCAAGGAUAUCGCUCUCAGCAUGGGCAACCGGCGAUACCACGCCAUAUCCACCUUCAUUAUGUGCCUUGUGCAGCGCAUCUCGCUGGCCAAGCUCAGCAGCAACAACCUCUUUUGGUGUCGGUGCAGCGUCAGCCGCCGGUAUUUUUGCAACAAUCGUCGCAACCGCAACAGCUGCCUAGCUAUUUUCAAUUACUGAUGUUGUAUCGACAGGAGCAAUUGCGUCACCAGCAGCUUUUAGCAGCCAUACAACAACAUCCGCUGACAGUUGCUGCGCGUCAACAACAACAUCUUGCUAUGAUGAAUCAAUUGAUGCAUCACUUGUCGGGACAUGGCCAGGCGAUGGGACCUCAACAACCACCAGUGCAGCCAUCUGUUUUAGUGACGCAGCAGCAAGAGGUACCGCAAUUCUCACCUGUGCCUGGCAUGGAUUCGGCAUCAGCGCCUCAACAGGAACAACCACAAUCGCAGGCAACUUUGCCACCGCCGCCUGGCCAAUUGCCCAACACUCAGCAGCAAUUGCAUAUUGUGGUGCGUAUCAUUUUUACGUUUACGGAAGCGGAACCCGGGACUGAGCAUCAACAUCAGUAAAAUUAGGGAUACAACAAUCACUUUAAAAAGACUUUUAUACCCUGUGUUGUGAAUGCUAUUUAAAUUUAUUCAUUACCCAACUUGGAAAUUUUAUAUUUACCUUGUAAGCAGCAACACUGAUGUAAUAAAGGUAUAUCCCACGAAUAUGAACGUA